AGGUGUUCUCCGGAUGACUCCACUCUCCAGUGGCAGAUAGAGCACUACUCCCCGCCGUCCCCGGAGACUUGUGAGGAAGCUUCUGGACUACGAGCUCGACGACACAAACCGAAGCGUCUCGCCUGUGCGGUCGCGAGUGUGUGACGGAGAUCAGAGAUGGCUGCGAAGAAGGUGCUCCUGCUCUGCGGCGACUACAUGGAGGACUACGAGGUCAUGGUCCCGUUCCAAGCGCUGCAAGCGUAUGGGGUGGCUGUGGACGCCGUCUGCCCUGGCAAGAAGGCCGGCGACGUCUGCCGCACCGCCGUCCAUCAGGGGACUGGCCACCAGACAUAUUCUGAGUCAAGAGGUCAUAACUUCGCACUCAAUGCUUCAUUUGAUGGGAUUAGUGCAAAUGGAUAUGAUGGAUUGGUAAUUCCUGGAGGCCGUUCACCAGAAUACCUUGCAAUGGAUGAAAAAGUGCUUGACUUAGUCAGAAAGUUCUCUGAUGCUAAGAAGCCUGUUGCAUCAGUUUGCCAUGGACAGUUGAUUUUGGCAGCAGCAGCAGUAGUCCAGAACCGUACCUGCACUGCGUAUCCAGCUGUUAAACCAGUUUUGGUUGCUGCUGGUGCUAAGUGGGAAGAACCUGAUACUAUGGCCAAAUGCACUGUUGAUGGUAAUCUCAUCACUGCAGCGACAUAUGAUUCUCAUCCUGAAUUCAUCAGCCUGUUCGUCAAAGCACUUGGAGGCUCUGUGGCCGGCUCAAACAAGAAAAUAUUGUUCCUCUGUGGGGACUAUAUGGAGGACUAUGAGGUUAUGGUCCCAUUUCAGUCUCUUCAAGCUCUUGGUUGCCAUGUAGAUGCAGUUUGCCCUGACAAGGGUGCUGGGGAUAAGUGCCCAACUGCCAUUCAUGACUUUGAAGGUGACCAAACUUACAGUGAGAAGCCUGGUCACGAUUUUACUUUGACAGCAUCGUUUCAUAGUGUGGAUGCUUCAAGCUAUGAUGCACUUGUAAUUCCUGGCGGACGGGCUCCUGAGUAUCUUGCACUGAAUGAUGAAGUCCUUAGCUUGGUGAAGGGUUUCAUGGAUAAAGGAAAGCCAAUCGCAUCGAUCUGCCAUGGCCAGCAGAUUCUAUCUGCUGCUGGAGUCCUCCAGGGGAAGAAAUGCACGGCAUACCCAGCUGUGAAGCUCAAUGUGGUGCUGGGGGGCGCAACUUGGCUGGAGCCUAACCCGAUCGACCGCUGCUUCACUGACGGCAAUCUUGUGACAGGUGCGGCUUGGCCUGGGCACCCGGAGUUCGUCUCCCAGCUCAUGGUUUUACUCGGCAUCAAGGUUUCCUUCUGAAAGAUGAGGGCUCCCAUAGUUCCUAUAGCUUUGGAUUUCCAGACAGUCUAUACCCACAGCACUUAUGCAUCUUAUGUGCAGUAAGUUUCGGACUUAAUUUUGGUACUGUGUUUUGCAAUAUUGAAAUAUGGCAUCGUCUUAUUGUCGUCGUUUGGGCUUGAAACAACAAAGGCUUCUACGUGUUGAUCUGGUACGAGCAGCUGGAUUUCGGUUGUUUCGCCAGUGAAAUAUAUCCCUCAGUACUUGUGCUUUGA